AUGGCUGCUCUUUCAUGGAGUCCUCUCCCUUCAAUCUCUCUCCUCAUCAUCCUUUCUCUCUCCUCCCUCUGCAUCUCUAAUCCUGACCAUCCAUCCAACCCCAUCAACGGCUCACAAGACAUCCAUGACAUCCUCCCAGAAUUCAACCUUCCAAAGGGCAUCAUCCCAGAUGGAGUCAAGUCAUACACCCUCUCUAAUCAAGACGGAAGCUUUACUGUAAAUAUGGAACACCCCUGUUAUGUCAAAUUCCUCGACGAACAGCUCGUGUACUAUAACAAGGUCAUCAAGGGGAAGCUCAGUUAUGGUAAAGUGUCCCAUGUUUCUGGAAUUCAAGCCAAGAAGCUCUUCAUCUGGGUCCCGGUUUCGGGUAUGGAAAUGGAUACGGACACUGGUAUGGUUGAAUUCUAUGUUGGAGCUUUCAGUCAGAAAUUUCCUGCUCAACAAUUUGAGGCUAUACCCUCUUGUAUGAAAAAGGAAGCUUCCUCUACAUCAAUUAUUAAGUCAAGAUCAUUCUGGGUCAACAACUACAACUUUCUUUAA